AAAUUAGUAUAUCUUUUAUUAUUAUCUACGGUCACACUAAUAGUGACAGUCUGGCAUCUUGGCUGAAAAUUGUAUGUUAUUUUUCGUGAUUUUUAAUUGUUGAUUGCAAUAUGACGCGUUAUCGUGAAUGGGAUUUGGCCUGUAAAGUGUAUGUUGGAAACUUAGGAUCAUCGGCAUCAAAAUAUGAGAUCGAGAAUGCCUUUAGCAAAUAUGGUCCAUUGAAAAACGUAUGGAUAGCACGCAAUCCUCCUGGCUUUGCAUUCGUUGAGUUCGAAGAUCGAAGGGACGCGGAGGAUGCUACCCGAGCACUAGAUGGAACGCGUUGUUGUGGCACUCGAAUCCGUGUAGAAAUGUCUUCAGGACGUUCCCGUGAUCGAUCGCGGCGUGGCGCUGCUGAAGGUAGCUCCAGUAGUCGAGGACGCAGUGGAGGACGACUUAGGCUCAAUCCUUCUACUCUUCAACUACCUCCUCCUACAGCAACAAGAACAACAAAAACAUCUUUGCGAUUCUUCAAAUCUUCUCUACCAUAAUGUUCACAAGCACAAAAUCAACCAACAAAUGAUCGCCGAUCCAGAACUUCUGAUGUCUAUAUAAAACUAAAUUUUUUUAAAUCAUCAGUAUAUCUGCACUUCAACCAUGCACAACAACAGAAACACGCGACCCAUAAUAGAUGAUACUUCAAUUAUUAAUUCUAAUUGCUUUUCAUUUAUCUGCCACAUUUGACGAUUUAUUAGCAUUAUUUUAACGUAAAAAAGUCUAUUUAUCAUAAAUUAUCAAUAGUUAGGGAUUAAGAAGUCUAAGACGAAGCUUAGGACGAUGUGAUACAUAACUAUAACUGUGGUAAAUUAGAAUAUACAUUUACUUAAAUUAGGUAUUGAAAAUAAGAAAUGAUAUCGGUAAUGAUUUUUGAAAAUCUUAAAUAAAUUUGAUUAUUUACGACAUAUACGUUAGUUUGCAAUGAUGUUAAUAGGGAUAGAUACGCUAAGUAACUUAGAGAUAGGAAAGUAUUACAGAUUCAUAAUAUUAUUUUUAUUAUAUUUUUCUGUAAGAUAUCUCUCGUAAUAAAGAGCUAAGAAGUGUGGGUUUUUAGCAUAAAAUUCUCGAAUGGGUAAAAAUAUUGUUCAAUCUAUUAAAAAUCGUCUGCUUGCUCACUUCAUAAAUGUGCAUAAAAUCUUUUUAGCUAUUUUAUUUAAUUUGAGGAAACCAUAAAACACAAAGAUAUCGGCAGAUAUGUGCACCACAAUGACGAUUCUAUCCAAAUAUCAAUAUCUUACAUUUGUAAAUAUGUAAUAGACCCAUAUGUAAAUAAUAUUUUGGCAAUUGUUUUAAAAUAAUACACUAUUCAGAUAUGGAAUUGAAAAAUUAUCAAAUAUACAUAUGUCAAUGAUUAAAAAAUGAAGGUGAGCUAGUUUUGCAAAUAUACACAUAUUGGUUAGAUCUGGUUAAAAGUAUACAAAAGAAUUUGAGAAAUUGAAAUAUCUUGAUUAUUCGGCUUGCCGUCGAGUACAUUGAAACUUAUUCAAUGUUUUAUAAACUAACUAUAUGUGGACAUUUUUCAGAUCUCGUUCACCAAGGCGUUCCCGGACACCUCGAAGUUUUUCUAGAGACAGGAGAACUCGCUCAGAAUCACGUGAACGAUAUU